CGACUCUGGCAUUAGAAAAGAUGGUAAAGCAGACCCUGGUUCUCGGAACUCCCAUAUGGCUACAUCUGAAUCGCCUUUCCGGUGAAGAAUGCGGGGUUACCGUCGAAGAGUCUUCGUCCACGUUCGACCACUUCAACUCCAACACCAUACUCACAUGUGUUAGAAGUGAACCCCAAUUUCGCAAAUCUGGAUGUAACAUGGUCUCGCUAUUGCUAACGGUUCCUCGGUGGGUCGUUGGAAUGUGAGGAGUGAGGAGAACGCGGGGUGGUGGGGGCUGUCCGAUGCCAUGUUACUCGCUGAAGCCAGUCGCACCUUCCUCAUUGCCGUAACGCGCCCUUGGCUAACUGAGCCCUCUAUUAUGGCAUCACAACGUCGUCACCACUCUAUAAACCCCUCCAGGACCGUGGAAUGAAGCGCGAUGAGUGCGCGGCCGAACCCAAAGGACUUCGAAGACGAUAGCAAGUACGCUGCGAGCAAAGAGUUUGCGGUGUAUGAGGCUGAAGCUGCUGGUAAACCCAACGGUAAUAAGCUGGAAGGAUCUCUAAGCGUUAGACGUGGGUCUAUCCGAUCGCCUUCCCCGGAUCCAUCACUUUUAUCCAUAGAAGGCAGCAACAAUACACGUUAUGGCCACAACCCUGACUAUAUUCCCGAUCCAACUGGCCAUAGACAUGCUUCUCGGUCUCCAGCGCCCCCGCGGACUGUAAAGGGAAAGCUACAAGCAAUAUGGUAUAAUAACAAAGGCCUGUUCUUAGUGCUAGUGUCGCAAUUCUUUGGCACACUGAUGAAUAUCACGACCAGACUGCUUGAAAUGGAGGGUAAUGAUGGCAAGGGCUAUCACCCGUUCCAUAUCCUGUUUGCUCGUAUGGGCAUCACAGUGCUGUGUGCAUCGGUGUACAUGUGGUAUAGAAAGACUGAACACUUUCCUUUUGGCAUGAGAGAGGUUCGGCCUUUGCUAAUCGCCCGAGGAUUGUUCGGUUUCUUUGGAGUCUUUGGCAUGUACUACUCACUACUUUAUCUGCCACUCGCUGAUGCCACUGUCAUCACCUUCCUGGCGCCCAGCCUUGCAUGCUGGGCUUGCUCCUACCUAAUCAACGAGCCCUUUACCCGUAUGGAGCAAAUUGCAGCUUACGUUUCGCUAUUCGGCGUGAUUCUCAUUGCAAGGCCUGUAUCGCUAUUUGCGUUCCUCUCGCAUCUCACCGAGUCUAUCCCGCCUGCCACUGGAGAUUCGGACAUUCUUGUUCCGUCCAAUGCUACGGCUGACGCCCAUCGUUUGGGUGCCGAAUUUGAUAAGGUUACACCUGCACAACGAGCGUCGGCUGUCGGGGUGGCUUUGUUGGGAGUACUGGGGGCUGCUGGUGCUUACACUAUGAUUCGAUGGAUCGGCAAGCGCGCCCAUCCGCUGAUUUCUGUCAAUUAUUUUGCGACAUGGUGUACGAUCGUGAGCAUCUUUAUGAUGUUGGCUCUACCUGGUGUUGGAUUCUUGCUUCCACGAUCGCUCAAAGAUUGGUGCUACUUGGCUUUCCUCGGCAUCUGUGGAUUUGUUAUGCAAUUCCUUCUUGCUGCUGGUCUACAGUACGAAAAGUCUUCACGCGCGACGAACAUGGUGUAUGUGCAGAUGCUUUUUGCACUGAGUUUCGACAAACUGAUCUGGGGCACCACUCCCGGGACACUAUCCAUUAUCGGCUCAUCACUGAUUCUGGGCUCAGCAAUGUAUGUUGCUAUGCACAAGAAGGCGCCCAAGAAUUCUAUAGCGGACAGAGGACGCAGUGAUCAGGAGGAAGGACAAGAAUUGAUGGCAUCGGAGCUCGAGACAGACCAGGACGAUGACAGACGAGGCAUCCCACUGAUCUCUGUCCGUGGGUCACGCAUGUAAAGGUAUCCUGAUCACUGCUUUCCGCAUCUGCACCAUACAUCUGUAUUUGAAAGUUAUACGUAGACUAGACUAUCCGAGCCCAUCGCACCAAUGAUCGUUUUCCA